AUGUCACGCUAUCCACCCUCGAUGGCCCCUCAUCAACAUGGCCACCUCCACCAACAUCCCAAUCUUCAUCAACUCCAUCCGCCUCGAUCCCACACCGACAACACCUCGGCCGACACCUUCGCCUACCCUCGUCCCACCAGCCACCCCGACCGCAGCCAUGCCCAGCUGACCAACACCGCCCCGCCCAGACAGGCUCGCACGCCCUCUCGCCAACAUGGCCAACCCGGCCAACCCGGCCAACCCAGCCGCCCCGCCGCCGGCCCCGUCCACCCGCACGUCUGCGACAUCUGCCACCGCACCUUCACCCGCCGCGAGCACCUCAAGCGGCACCAGUCCUGCCACGACCCUUCCUCCAACUUCAUCUGCAGGCUCUGCAGCGCAACCUUUUCCCGCAGCGACGCCCUCAAGCGCCACGAGAGCCUUCACGCAAACCCAAACACCACCGCCACAACCGGUCCAUCCUCGACAUCGCCCUCGGCCGCAUCGCGCACACAGAGCCACCACGACCCCGCAUCCGCAGCGUACAACACCACCAGCGCAAGGAGCCGCGCCGCCAUCACAAAGACCAGAAAGGCCUGCACAAGCUGCUCCCGUUCCAAGAUCAAGUGCGACGGCCAGCCCGUAUGCCGCAACUGCCAGGCACGCCCCGGCACCGUAUGCCACUAUCCCCAAAAGCGCUCCUACGCUCCGCAACCCGCCAUCCCACGCACCAGCCCAGACCAACCCUCGGCCUCGACCACCACAGCAUCGUCCCAGCCAGACUCGCCGUCCGCCCCGCGCCCAGCUCUCGACCACCCGUCCACCCGCGCCGCCGCCCAAGACGAUGCCAGCACCAAACUGACGCACCCGACGUCCGACGCCACACCUUGCCAUCCGCUCGGGCCGGAGAGCGACCUCGUCCGUAGCGACCUGGCGUCGUCGUCUUCGUUGUCGUCUUCAUCAUCUCUGCACGCCGCGCCGCCCAAGAGGUCCACCUACACGGUCGAUUCGCUCCUCGCCGCUGGCUCGCACACGCCUCCUCGCCCCUACUCCGAGAAUCCCGCAAGCCUCGAGGCGGACUCCAAGCACCCGCAGCCUGGAUCGACGGCCAUGGCCCCGAGCCAGGCCAGGGGCUACGCCGUCCCGACCAACCCGUCGCCGGCGCAGCCAUCGGCGGCCUACCCUUCGGCGCCGCGGCUCCAUGGCAGCUCGCCCCUCGGCGCAGCGCCGCGGACGGUCCUCGAGCAGCGCCACCCUGGACCCAGGCAGCAGUACCAGCCUGGCGGCACAGCAGCUCCGCCCCACCGUCACGAUUCCUACCCAGCCUCGUCGACCCCGGCCAGCAGCCUCUACCCGGCCUCGGCUUCGUCGUCGUCUCGCGUCUCGUCGUCGAGCGGCCCAUCGACGUGGUCUGACCCGAGCCUGCCCACCCAGGACUGGCUCGACUUUGCCUUUUCCGACUCGUCGAUGAUCGCCGCCGAUCAGACCUUCGACUGGCUCUUUGCGCCCAUAGAAACCACCCUGGGACCCAUCGCCCAACCCGCCUUCCCUCAGCCGCUAGCGACGGCCGGCGCGGCCUGGCCCAUGCCGACCUUGGCGGACGCCGCUGGUGCAGCAAAUCCGCCGGAUCUUGAGACUUUGCGCCAGGCUUCCGGGCCGAGUGCAUCCUCUGCGACUGCGCAUCAGCAGCCGACGUCCCUGCCGAGCGCGCCGGCGAUGCAGGCCGAAAGACCCUCGACGGCAGCGCUGCCGUCCGGCCACGGUGCGAACGUCGACGGCGGCGAGCGCCGGAGCAGGAAGCGGCCUCGACGAGAGCCGUCGUACUCGCUGUCGCGCUCGGGCAUCCAGAGCUCUACGCACCGCGAAGGCGAGCACAGCUCCGAGGACGGCGACACCGUGGACCACGCCAUGGCAGGGAAAGCGCCGCGCCGUCCGGACCGGGGCCGGUGCAUGCCGAGGCCGAUCCACCGCGACCUGGCGGGGCCCUGCGCCAUGCCAGACGGCUUCUGGCGGCACCCGGCCGCGUCGCCGCUGACGUCGUCGACCGAGCCCAUCGGCGAGGCCACGCGUCAGGACCUGCUGGCCGAGGACACGAUGCAGGUGGCGCCCUUUACGGCCUAUUCGAAAAAGAAGCUGCUCAGCGUCGUCGCGCUGGCCGAGCUGCCCAAGCACGACGAGGAGCGCGCCCUGGCCAUGCUGCAAGGCGUCAGCGUCGCCACCUACAACGCCCUCCUGCAGCUCUACUUUGUCCACUUCCACGUCCAGUACCCCUUCCUCCACGCGCCCACCUUUUCGCCGGACAAGUGCCCCGUCUUUCUGCUCGCCAACGCCAUCGCCCUCGGCAGCCUGUCGUCGCGCAUACCCCGCGCCGCCAACCUCGGCCACGUCCUCGCCGAGAUCACCAACAAGGCCCAGUUUGUCGCAUGGCACCGCACCAACCUCCAGGAGCGCUCGCUCGGCUUCAUCCAGGCCAUGGUCCUGUCCGACAUUUUCAUGCGCAGCACGGGCGACCGCCGCCUGCUCGAGUUUGCCGAGGCCAUCCGAUCGCCGCUGGCCACGCUGGCGAGGCGGCGUCGGCUGCUCGACAAGACCUCGACGCACUCGGCGCCGGACCCGGCGCAGCAGGAUGCGUCGACGACGACGGCAGCGGCCUACCACGGCGGUGGGACGAGAUCCAAGCCGACGCAGUCAGCCUCGCUCGCAGGCUGGUCCCAGCAGGCCGCCCGACCCGCCGCCGCUGGGGCACUUUGCGGGGCCGACGACGACAACAACGGCGGCGACCCCGCGGCGUCGCUGCAUGCGCGCUGGCAGGCCUGGAUCCACCUCGAGAGCCUCAAGCGCACCGGCUGGGCCGUCUUUGUCGCCGACGCCGAGCUGUCGGUCUCGUGGAACCUGCCGUCGCUCUUUUCGUUUGACGAGCUCAAGAGCGAGCUGCCGUGCCCCGACGCCAGCUGGAACGCGCCCAACGCCACCAUGUGGAGCCUCGCCUCGCGGCACGACACGCGCGCAGCCGGCUACUACACCGUCGCCGACUUCCACACUGCGCUCGAGGAAGGCACGGCGACGCGGCUGCUCAACGACGAGAUCAAGGCGAGCGACUUUCAGCGCACGGUGCUGGCCAACAGCCUGUGGUCGCUCAGCGACGCCGUGUCGACGGUGGGCAAGGGCUGCCUGGCCCUGCACGCCCGCGAGGUCACCGAGACGUUUCGCUCGCUCUGCAUCGGCCUGGCAGAGCAGCAGGCCGAGGUGCUGGAGCGCUACCUGGGGUCCAGCGUGGCACUCCUGGGCGAGCCGCGCCAGGCGCCGACGGGCGGCACGCCGGCCAACCCGAAGCUCGAGCUGGCGGUGCGCUUCGACCUGCUCAGGACGUUGGUCGACCUGCAAGACCUGCAGGUCCUCGGUGGCCGCCACAGCCAGCGGGAAAAGGCCGAGACGCUCGGUCCGAUCAAGGAGCGCUUCGACCGCCGCCCCUGGGAGGCGUGGUCGCUGGCCGUCCACGCCGGACGGAUCGUCUACUUUUUCCGCACGUUCCCCACGAGCUCGACGUUCGAGGGUCUGCUGUUUUUCUACGCCGCCAUCAGCGUCUACCUGGUCUCGCUGUGGUGGAAGGACAAGGGAGACCUCACCAUCGGGCAGCUCGCCAACCCGUUCAGCGUGGGUCGCAAGGGAGGCCGCGGAGGCGCCGGGUCGCACCCGCCGACCUCGCCGGGCGGGUCCCGGAGCCGCCUCUCGUCGAGCAUCGCCGAGGUGCACGACGACGCCAUCGGGCGCGAGGUACUGAGCGUCCACCUCGACGGACCCGCCUACGCGCCCAUCUCGCUGUCGUUGCAGCCCUACGACGCCGCACCGUCCGGCCCCGGCCCUGGUCUCGGUGUCCAUGCACCCGCCACCGAUGCGCGCCACGGCGCCGAUGCAGGAAGCACUGGCACCGGCACGGGCUCGCUCGACGCGCUCGCGGCCACGGCCGAAUCGUCGUCGCGGGCGGCGGCCAAGGUCGUCCGGCCGCGCCUCAGCUUCAUCGGCGACCUGUCGAGCCCGCUCGCGCCCAAACGCAUCCUCUCGUCGUACUCGGACCAGCUCGCCCAGCGCGCCGCCUCCACCUCCUGGCCCAUCUGCGAGCCCCUUUCGGUCAUCCUCGCGCAAAUGGUCGAGAUCUCGCCGUAG